UUCAGGGAUACCUCUUGCGGACCGCUGGAGCCCACAGUGCAAUAAAUAUGGCAGCAGAGCUCUCCACUUCCAUAAACAUUAAGGAGCCCCGGUGGGACCAGAGCACAUUCAUAGGCCGGGCUAAACAUUUCUUCACCGUCACAGACCCGAGGAACGUCCUCCUCACCAAUGAACAACUAGAUCAUGCACACAAAGUCAUCACUGACUACAGACAAGGAAUAGUCUCCCCAGGUUUGACAGAAGAUGAACUGUGGAGGGCCAAAUAUAUUUUUGACUCAGCUUUCCAUCCUGACACGGGGGAGAAAAUGAUCCUGAUCGGCCGCAUGUCGGCGCAGGUUCCCAUGAACAUGACUAUCACUGGCUGCAUGAUGACGUUUUACAAGACGACUCCAGCUGUGUUGUUCUGGCAGUGGAUCAAUCAGUCUUUCAACGCAAUAGUGAAUUAUACCAAUAGGAGUGGUGAUGCUCCGAUCACAGUCAGCCAGCUCGGCACGGCUUAUGUGUCUGCCACCACAGGAGCAGUUGCCACGGCUCUUGGACUAAAUGCACUAACAAAGCACAUCUCUCCACUGAUUGGACGGUUCGUCCCAUUCGCUGCUGUUGCUGCUGCUAACUGUAUCAACAUCCCUCUGAUGAGACAAAGAGAACUUAAACACGGCAUCCCUGUAACAGACGAGAAUGAUAACAGGUUAGGAGAGUCGACAAAAGCUGCACAGCAAGCUAUCUCUCAGGUCGUGGUGUCCAGAAUCCUCAUGGCUUCUCCAGGAAUGGCCAUCCCUCCAUUUUUAAUGAACCAUUUGGAGAAGAAGGCCUUUCUGAAGAAGUUCCCAUGGAUGAGUGCACCUAUUCAAGUCAGCCUGGUGGGAUUCUGCCUGGUGUUUGCCACUCCACUGUGCUGUGCAUUGUUCCCUCAGAAGAGCUCCAUGUCAGUCAGCCGCUUGGAGCCGGAGCUGCAGGAGAAGAUCCGAGCCAACCACCCGGGAGUGGAGAGGGUCUACUUCAACAAAGGGCUAUGAGUGUGCAGCCCCUCACCUCAUCCAAACACUGCCAUAACACAGCUGCAGGCUCAGUCCUCUCUCUCUCUGCCAGUUAUCCUCAUUCAGUGUGCCAAAGUUAAGUUUGUGUCUCCUCAUUUCCAACGUUCAGAUGGUGGUCUGAGGUCUCGUCUCUCACUCACUCUGUUCUCUACUGCGAUGUUUGCUUUUUGUCACUGUGAUUGUUGAUUUUAUUGAAACUACACUACAAGAUGUUCUCUGACUGGGCCAGAAGAAAAAUAGGACAUUUAUCGUGACUGAUUCACAUCUGUUGGCCCAUGCUUGGUUUAAUUUAAGUGCGCCUUUUUUUUAAUGUGCCGUAUUUUUUUUUAAGAUAGCGACUUGUUGCACAUGGUGCCAAACCGUUUUCAUACCUUCCUACCUGAAGUUGGCAGUCACUUUAUUUACUUUUGAAUUUAUCUUAAUGAGACCAUUGAAUACUCAAAGACCUCUGCAGCACAUUUUUCUGCCAAAUCUAUACUAACGUUCUUUCUAACAGUGUUGUUUCAAUGAAAAGUAUUCACUCAGACAUACUCAAAAUCUUAUUCCUUUGCCAAAUAAGAAACACUAAGAGCCUUUAGGCCUCUGAACUUAUAAUCGUAAACCUGAAAACUAUUCCUCCAGGGAUUUACCUGUUAAAAUGUGAUGAUUAUAGUGUUGGCAGCCAAAGACAAGCCAACACGGUGCUAUUUUAAGUCUUAAUUACCAGUAUUUAACAUGAUAUUUAUUCUGCUUGCCAAACAUGCAUGAACAAACCACUCCUCAUGCAUGCAUCAUCAUGGGAUUUUAACCAUAAUUCAAAGAAAAAUGAAUUUCACUGUAUAUUUACUCACACAAAGGCUACACUCAGGAGAGCUAAAUGGUGUUGAAAAAUAGUGUUAUUAAAGAUUAUUUCAGAUAAUUUAUCGAAGCCCUAAUCCAGGAGCUUUUAAUCACAGUAUUUUAAACACUUUGAAAUCAAUAAUCAACAAAUGCCUUACACAGGACUGGUAUAGUAUUCAGCGUCUGAACACAGAAUUCUAAGAGGUUUGAUCAUUCCCUCAAAAAGUGAAAUAUUUUUGAUUUAAGUGAGAUUGUCUUUAAGUAUUAAUGUACAUGUAUUUACAAUUGAAGUCUGUGUUCAAUGUGGAGUUCAGUAUUGAGGGAAAAAUGCCAAAAACAUUGUCAAGAAUGUUUAACACAAGGAUAAUGUACAGAAGGAUUCAACUGACAAAAAUAAGAUGUAGAGGCGGCUUACACCUUGCACUAAUAUCGUUCUGGGUGAUCUGGUAGGAAGUAGACAUCACCUUUGUAUGGGCAUUUACACUUUGCUCUGAAUGGUCAAAGUUUGAAUCUUUUUGACAGUUAAAUUGCUUUUAAAUGCGUUUGAACUUAGUGACAAAUGUAACACUGAUUUAUGGGGAAAAAAACGUGAAAAGCUGAGAUACAAGGUUUUUGCCUGACGCCAUAGUGAUUCUGUUGAACUACAAAGCAAUCUCAGAUUUCACUGGUCAGUUUUCAGUAGAUUUUUAUUUAACCUUGCAACCCUGAUGGAUUGGCCAGAUUUCAUCACUGUCGUCAAGCAGAUCUGUCUUGCAAAGCGUCAAGCUGAUGUUUGGUUCGGUCCGAGAAAUCAGUUUCAUUUGUAAGGAAAGAGGUGGGGUGUGGUUUAGUUCAAGCGACUUUAAGCCUAUAAGCAACUGUUCAACAUUUCUGUAUUACAGAAAAGCUAAAACUGCACUGAAGGCUUUCCUUUGUGGAAAAUACAUUUUUGCUCUUCUCCUAACCAGCUUCAGUAAGAGUUUGGUUUACUGACUGGCUCUACUGAUAGUAAAGAAUUGGUAUUGACAUGACAUCUGCUGUUUGUUGAGCUCAGGUUAUCGCUGGCAGUGGCACACGCCUACUAGCCUACUUCAUGUGUGUUGUCGUGCUGAUUGGCCUGGAAUGAUUUUUUUUGAAAGGUCUAGGUUCUGCUUUUCCCAAACACUGUGUAUGCAUGUGAAAUAUGCCUCCUGCAAUGUAAAGCGGUCUAUCUGGAGUGUCUGAUCAUAAAUUACUGAAAUUGUUUAAAAUCAAGCUAAAAUGUUCUUGCAAGGUUUGGACCAGCAAUAAUAGACAUAGAAGUUCCAGCUUUGUAAAAGUACCACUUAUCCUAGCGGAUUAAAUUGUGUAAAACCCACUGAGAGACAUGGAGGGUGGCCAGUGAGACCGAUUUAUGGAAAAGGCUGUUCACUUGUCUCUCACAGUGGAUGUUAAUGCAAGGUGUAAAGAGUCUCUUUUAACUCAACCUGCUCUGUGGAUUCUUCAACACUAAAACAUUUGGAUACAGAAAUACUUUCAUCUCUACAUGAUGACCUUAAGGAAUUCUUUUACUAAAAUCAAGAAUCACGUGUCACCCUCUGCUCAAGUAACCCUCAGUUAUUACCUGUGGUUACAUCAUAGCCGUCUCCUGUCGAGCUGAUAAAGCAGGUGCAGUCUGAUGUUGUAACGUUUGUUCUGUUCCUUCCCUGCAGUAUUAAAUUGAUAAUGUGUCUGAUAUGUUUGGUUGCAGUCGGUGUAAAAUGUGAACUUGAUAUUACUCGGCUGUCAUGAAAAGGAUACCCUGUUUAUCAGCCGGUGUAAAAAGUUUGUGCCAAAUACAAAUUGGGUUUCACAAUAGAUGGUAGUGAGGGAUGGAACAGCAACAUGCAUGAUUUGUCAUUGGAGUGGGCUUGACUCAUACAAAGAGAAUAUUCGACCGAUUUCCUUGAUCUUAAGUCAUGAAGAGACUUAAUGUGUUCAAAUCUUUUGGUCCAUUUAAUGUUUACACAUUUUAAGACCUCAUUAAUGCUUGUGGACAUUGAUUUGAUUUCAUUGCAUCUUUUGCUCAUCAUGGUGUGUCAUUUCUGUAAGGUGUUAAAUGUUUAAUGUACUGUAAAUAUCGACUUGCAUAUUAGAAUAAGGGUAACUUUAUUUUUGCUCGUCAGUGUUUCCAGAGAGACGCUGGAGUUGGAGCUGUUCCCCAGCUGGUGUGAAGUUUGUUAUUCUAGUGUUAAAGGUAAACUGAAUGUAGCAUUUUCCAGUCACAGCCGUUUGCAGUGUUUUUAGUCGAGAGAAGCACAAUGUUGUAACAGAUUUUAAAUGCUGCACAUUUUUAGGACUUGAACCUGCUCAGUUUCCUGACCAUGAUACUUUUCUGUAAAUCUUUUGGAGAAAGAAAAGAAAAAGAUUAAAUGUUCCCUUUGAUAGAAUUUAUUUCUGAUUAUUACCCCCUUAACCUUUGAUUGCAGAACUAAUUCCUCUUUUGUGUGCUAAACAGAUUAAAUCAACACAAUUCACAUUUCACUAUCUUCAAUCUACCAAAUCAAUGAAGUGUCACUGCAGCCAAAGCCAGACUUAAGAGGAAGAAGUAGAUUAAACUUUGCAUUAAUUCAAGAUUUUUUAGAGAUAUAAUAUGGUAAUAAUGGUAUU